UUUAUGAUUGAAAUAAAGAAUUCUGCAAUAUCUUGUAUACCAGCUGAUUGGGUUAAGGUUGGAAGCACAAAGGCUGUGAGCCGCUUUCACUCUCCUUUUGUUGUAGAAAAUUACAGACAUCUGAAUCAGCUCCGGGAGCAGCUAGUCCUUGACUGCAACACUGAAUGGCUUGAUUUUCUAGAGAAUUUCAGUAAACAUUAUCACUCUUUGUGUAAAGCAGUGCAUCACCUAGCAACCAUUGACUGUAUUUUCUCCCUGGCUAAGGUCGCAAAGCAAGGAGAUUACUGCCGGCCAACUUUACAAGAAGAAAAGAGAAUCAUGAUAAAAAAUGGAAGGCAUCCUGUGAUUGACGUGUUGCUGGGAGAACAGGAUCAGUAUGUUCCCAAUAGUACAAAUUUAUCAGAGGACUCAGAAAGAGUAAUGAUAAUCACUGGACCAAAUAUGGGUGGAAAGAGUUCCUACAUAAAACAAGUCGCAUUGAUUACUAUCAUGGCUCAGAUUGGCUCCUAUGUUCCUGCAGAGGAGGCAACAAUUGGGAUUGUGGAUGGCAUUUUUACAAGGAUGGGUGCUGCAGACAAUAUAUAUAAAGGACGGAGUACAUUUAUGGAAGAACUGACAGACACAGCAGAAAUAAUCAGAAAAGCAACAUCACAGUCCUUGGUUAUCUUGGAUGAAUUGGGAAGAGGGACGAGCACCCAUGAUGGAAUUGCCAUCGCUUAUGCCACCCUUGAGUAUUUUAUUACAGAUGUGAAAUCCUUAACCCUGUUUGUCACCCAUUAUCCACCAGUUUGUGAACUAGAAAAAAGUUAUGCACAACAGGUGGGGAAUUACCACAUGGGAUUCUUGGUCAGUGAGGACGAAAGCCAACAGGAUCCAGGUGAAGAAGAACAAGUGCCUGAUUUUGUCACUUUUCUUUAUCAAAUAACCAGAGGAAUUGCAGCAAGGAGUUAUGGACUGAAUGUGGCUAAACUAGCAGAUGUUCCUGGAGAGAUUUUAAAGAAAGCAGCUUAUAAGUCAAAAGAACUUGAAGAAUUAGUAAAUGUGAAAAGGAAAAGGCUAAAGUAUUUUGCAAAAUUAUGGACGACCCAUAAUGCAAAAGACCUUCAACAGUGGACAGACGAGUUUGAAAUGGAAGAAAUACAGACUUCCUGAUUGAAAUGAAGACUA